AUGAGUGCCGCCGUGUUCACUUCUGCCUGCCCUACAAGUGGGAGGUGUUUGAUGGUGUCACCUGGACAGACCUGCAGAACAUGGAGGACAUUGAGAAAGAUUUCUGUGACCCCUCUAAGACAAAGAGCUGUGGCGAUCGGCCCGUUGACUUCCUGACCAUGAGUCAGGCGUCGCACCCCGUUCGCCGCCUCUCCACGGUUUCCUCAGUUACGAAGCCGCCCCAUUACAUCCUGACCACUCAGUGGCUGUGGUACUACAAGGGGGACCACGGGAACUGGGUGGAGUACGGACAGCCG